UCAUUACUCGGCACCUGACAGAAUUUCGCAGCUUUUCUUAGCUUUGCUUUGCUUUGUUCUCGUUGAACGUUUUCCAACUGCGGUGGCAGAACUCAGAUUGAAACUAGGCAGGCAAAAGCAUUAGUUCUAGUUUUAGUUUGAGCUGCUAUAAAUGUUUUUAUUUUUUUUAGUUAGCCAGAUGACUCAAGUUGAAAUGUUUGCGUAUUCUCUCAGUAUUUCUCCGUGCUGCUUCCGCCAUAGUAGUUAACGGUGGCAAAGUUUGGUUUCUGAAAAAGAGAACAGCUCGGGAUUGAUUUGAUGAUCAUUUAUUUGAUCAUCUGCGCUCUCUUCCGAAAACGAGCGAAAACGGAGACGUGGAGGUCAUCCGUCCGCCCGUCCACUAAAUAAGCGAUCUUUUUCCCAGUUGAUUCAUUUCAGACGUGUGUAACAAUAGUGACUUGCCGGAACUUGAGAUUAUUAGCCUUUUGGAGGAGCAGCUGCCAGUCUACAAGCUGAGGGCCGACACCAUCUUCGGCUACGAGCAAGAUGACUGGCUGCAUACGCCUCUGGUGGACCCCGACUCCUCCCUCGACUUGACCACGGAACAGAUAGAGGAGACCCUCAAGUACUUCUUGCUGUGCGCCGAUCGAGUGGGACAGAUGACAAAGACCUACAGUGACAUUGACGCCGUCACUCGACUCCUGGAAGAGAAGGAGCGCGACUUGGAAUUAGCGGCUCGCAUCGGUCAGUCGCUGCUCAAGAAAAACAAGGCCCUGAGCGAGAGGAACGAACUACUGGAGGAGCAAGUUGAGCACAUCCGAGAGGAGGUCUCCCAGUUACGCCACGACGUGUCCAUGAAAGAUGAGCUGCUGCAGUUCUAUAGCAACGCCGCUGAGGAAAGCGAGGGGGAGUCAGUCACUUCCACACCCGUGCGAGCGAGCGAGAACAACGUGUCGACACCGACCUGUUUCCCCCUGGACUCCUUGCAGAAGAAACUGAAAGAUCUAGAAGAGGAAAAUAAAUCCCUACGCUCUGAGGCCAGCCACUUGGAGACAGAAACUCUGUGCUAUGAAGAAAAAGAGCAGCAGCUGGUCAACGAUUGUGUCAAAGAACUUGGUGUGGCAAAUGUCCAAAUCUCCUCUCUGGCUGAAGAGCUGGCCAGGAAGUCUGAGGAUGCUUCCAGACAGCAGGAGGAGAUCACUCAUCUUCUCUCCCAGAUAGUUGACCUCCAGAAAAAGGCCAAGAUGCACGCUGUGGAGAAUGAAGAACUCACACAGCACCUAGGAGCUGCCAAAGAUGCUCAGCGACAACUGACUGCUGAGCUGCGUGAGUUGCAGGACAAGUAUGUGGAGUGCAUGGAGAUGCUCCAUGAAGCCCAAGAGGAGCUGAAAAACCUGCGAAAUAAAGCCGUUCCAUCAAACACUCAGAGGCGCUUUCACUCCCUGGGCUUGUUCCCAAUGGACUCUCUGGCAGCUGAAAUAGAAGGCACCAUGAGGAAAGAACUUCAGAUGGAUGACCCAGAUGUUGAGGAGCUAAGACUGCAGCCCAAGCGAGUCUUCCAGACUGUGAAGAACCUCAACCUUAUACGCCAGCAGCAGCAACGCUCGCCCCUCAACAUCCCGGGCUCCAAUCAGUCUUCGUGUAUCACUUCGGGGCGCUCCAGCAGGGUGGGCACCCCUCUCUCCAACUCUGUGUACGGCAGCGAAACAGGAAGUGGAAUCACGCCGGACAACAGAAGUAGCUGCAUCCUGGAGAACCCCGAUAACGGGUGCGAGGACUCAAACAAGCGGCCCCCGGGGACCCCGGGCACCCCUGGCGGUCGGGACCUGGAGACAGCCUUGCGCCGCCUGUCCCUCCGCCGCGACAACUACCUCUCGGAGAAACGUUUCUUUGACGAGGAGAGGGAGAAGAAGCUGGCCUUCCUGGAGGGGGAGGAGAAAGAAGGCAGCCCAUGUAGCCCAGGCCCCGGGACGCCCACCGAGAGUCUCUUCUCUCUCUGCUCGCAUCCGUCGUUGGGGAGCAUGUGGACGGGCUACUCGUUCAGCGCCAGAUCCUACCUCCCGGAGAAGCUGCAGAUUGUAAAGCCGCUGGAAGGUUCUGCCACCCUCUACGCAUGGCAACAGUUGGCGCAACCCCACAUGGGCGCUCUGCUGGACGAUCGGCCCGGCGUGGUCACAAAGGGCUUCCGCACUCUGUCACGUGAGCACCACGAGCACCACGAGGCGGACGGCUGGCAACUGGACCAGCCGGAGGAAGACGACGUCUCCAGUGACUGGUGCGCGGCGGGCUUGUCGGGAGAGUGCUCCGCUUCUUCGCUUUCCAAGGACGAUGGCAGUAGCCAGUGGGAAAGCACGCCUUGCCGAAGAGCAGGGACGAUCCAAGCAAAAGAUGCACCCCUCUCUUCCUCUGAGAUGAUGAACGGGCAUGUGGACUUGAAGGAAGUCGGCACAUUGGAGCACAUGCCUGCCAUAGUAAACUUCCCAGGCAAGUGUCUGUCGCACACCAGCUCCACCUACACAUUGACCACCUGCAGGAUUCUCCACCCCUCUGAUCAGAUGAGCUCCAGCUCAGCUCUGUCGUCAUGUCAGAGUAGCGGCAGCACGACUCCGCCGGUCUCCUCCGCUUCGCGGACUCCCUCCUACACGCCCUGCUGCACCCCACGGCGCCGCCUCUCCGUGGCCGAAUCCGCCACCAACCUUCGAGACUCCACUAAUGUCACCAGCAGCUCGCUAGGGCUGGGACGCCUCCUGCUGGAGCACGGAAUCUCUGCGUCGCCGUACCAGCCCGGCGGCCGGGAUGGAGGAGAGCCGCCCGCGUCCCGUGUCGCCGCCGCCGCUGAGGGAAACGACCACAGGCUGAUGAAGAAACGCCCCGACAGCCUCCUUCUCCUCCGGCCGUCCACGCCGCCAAAUUCUUGCGCCGGACCCACACCCCACUGCCAAGAUUUUCAGUUCAGCCCCUCCGAUGACGACCCACCGUAUUUCGACACGUUCCUGGCCUCCAAACCGGCGCGCAUCAUCCUGAGGGAGACGGAGAGGGAGCGAGGCGCCCAGUCAGACCACCAAGGUCAAACAGAGACGUUGAACCUCAGACUUGUGGAAAAAGUGAAAAGUUUGCGCACCACCGUUGGGCCUCACAGCGCCGCCGCCGCCGCCAUGGCGCCUGCAAGCACUUUGUUGGCUCCAUUUUGCUCUCCUGCACUUGGGAGCGCCACGCUGGGUCUGAACACAGGACUGAGGAGGAAUCCAAGCUAUCCUGCCAUGGUAGGAGCCAGUAUGGCUAUGAAGGAUCCCCAUACGGCUGACCUUCUCAUCCCGCAUUCCACGCAAGGCCCGCAAGCCCCGGCGGCAGUGCUCAGCCACCACAUCAUGACAAAGCCGCAGGAUGCCGCCACCGCCGCCGUCUCAUCGCUGCAAGACUCCAUACGCAAUGGACAGUCAUGAUGAAACAUUACGGUCUCCUUUCAAGACCAUGCACCAUAUCCACACUAGCCGUAUAACCUUGGCAACAAUAUGCAUUGACGCAAACGAAAUUGUGGGUCUUUUGCUCCAUGACAUGUGCAAUAUUCUUAUUUCAAUCCAAAUAUGUGGCCUAUAAUACGGCAAUGCAUAACAAAAAAAGUUUGAUUUCCCCCCAUUGACCUGCUCAACUUGAACAAUUGCACUCGCUGUAAGAUUGAAAUGGCGUGGAAGAUGCAAAAUGAGGGAUUUGAAUCCUAAAAGUCUUCUUCUCUUGUGCAAGUGUACCAACCCUCCGGCAAAUGGUGCACCCCAAUCAAAAUGCUUGCCUAUUCCAAUGCUGUCAUUUUUUUUCCAUUCAGGCCGUUACGGUAGUUGCACUGCUGUACAAAAAAUGUGCCGUAAGCAUUUGUUCGCCAUUGUCAAGUGACUUGCUGGCCGUCUCCUUUAAUGUGGACGCAAUGUUCAUCUGUGCCUAAAACCACUAACCUAGUUUUAAUACUGUUUAGCGUUUUUACGUCCUAAUUCACAAGAUGGAAAAAGAAGUCCCUCAACACAUGAAAUUUGUUCCAUUAAGGCUGCGUGCGCUCUUGUUUGUUGUAAAACAUGAUUGGCGGGAACAGGUAGACCCCAUUAAUAUCAUGUGCUGUGUAGCCAUUAUGUCUUUUGAAUAUCCUGUAAAGUAGGGUGAAUUUGUUUGUUUUUUUAACUAUGCCUCAAAUGAAUGUGCCAUGAAGCCAUUUGUCUUUGUAGCAAAAAAAACAAAAAAUCCUUCCAUUCUAAAAUGUGCUCCAGAAACUUCAGCAGCACGUCUGAAACAAAAGCUAAAAAAAAAUGACGAGUCAUCCGUGGCAUAACACUUUGAUUUGUAAAACACGACAAAAAGGAAAGUAUUUACUCAACUCGUGUCAGAAAGCUGAAGAAUGUGUUGUGCAGUUUUCACUGUCAUUUCAAUCACUGUCUACUGAAUGAACGGAAUAUUGUCUGAACUAUUUCCAAAAUGUUUUCCGUUUAAUAGCACACGACUUCAAAUUGGCCGUGCUUUUAUUUUCAAAGUGUGCAAUGUGUUCUUAUGGCGCCCAUUCGGAAGCGAUGACAAAUGAAUAUCAAGGUCCAUGUCUGUGUGCUGCUCUGAAUGUAUUCAUUGACUCAUGUUAAUUUAAAAAACGAAAUGUAUCAAGAAGUGCAUAUAUUUUAAGAGAGGAGAGCAAACUAUUUUCAGGGACAGAGUCUUCUAUUUUACAUGACUGCACUCUGGAUUCAAAAUAAAUAAAAGACUAAUAUACAAAAAAUGGA